UCACACACACGCACGCACACGUGACGUCAGACGCACCGAGCGUCGCGUCGCGCUGUGCUGCGCUCUUCGCUCCUGGUUCUGGUUCCGUUCGUACGUCGCAUCUUCUGUUUGGGUUUGAAACAAAGACGCGCCGUUUGUCUCCGAGCGACGAGGAGACGGUUCAGUACACGCGAGGAGAAAGAUCUGACCCCGACGAAGUCCCGAGAAAGAAGCGAAAGUUGAGCCGACAUGAGUGUGGAGGCGUACGGGCCGAGCUCGCAGACGCUCACCUUCCUGGACACGGAGGAAGCGGAGCUGAUCGGAGCGGACACGCAGGGCUCCGAGUACGACUUCACCGACUUCACCCUGCCGAGCCAGAGCCAGGGCCCGGGCCACACGCAGGGCCACACGCAGGGCCACGCGCAGGGCCAGCUGGACGCGCAGUUGAACGGUCCAGAUGACGGGCUUCACAACGGAGGAGUGGACGACACUGUGGCCAAAACCACUCAGCUGCUGCAGGAGCUCAACUUCGAGGAGGACGAGGAGGACGCGUACUACACCAAAGACCUGCCCGUGCACGCCUGCAGUUACUGCGGCAUCCACGACCCGGCCUGCGUCGUUUACUGCAACACCAGCAAGAAAUGGUUCUGUAACGGCCGAGGAAACACGUCCGGGAGCCACAUCGUGAACCACCUGGUGCGUGCGAAGUGUAAAGAGGUGACUCUGCACAAAGACGGGCCCCUGGGCGAGACGGUGCUCGAGUGCUACAACUGCGGCUGUAGAAACGUCUUCCUGCUCGGCUUCAUCCCCGCCAAGGCCGACUCUGUGGUGGUGCUCCUCUGCAGACAGCCCUGCGCCAGUCAGAGCUCCCUGAAGGACAUCAACUGGGACAGCUCCCAGUGGCAGCCGCUCAUCCAGGACCGCUGCUUCCUGUCGUGGCUCGUCAAGAUCCCGUCGGAGCAGGAGCAGCUCAGGGCCCGGCAGAUCUCGGCGCAGCAGAUCAACAAGCUGGAGGAACUGUGGAAGGAUAACCCCGGGGCGUCGCUGGAGGACCUGGAGAAGCCCGGAGUGGACGAAGAGCCUCAGCAGGUUCUGCUCAGAUACGAAGACGCGUAUCAGUAUCAGAACGUGUUCGGACCUCUGGUCAAACACGAGGCCGACUACGACAAGAAGCUCAAAGAGUCUCAGACCCAAGACAACAUCACCAUCCGCUGGGACCUGGGUCUGAACAAAAAGCGCAUAGCGUACUUUACCCUGCCCAAGACGGACUCAGGUGCUGCCUUCUGUGACAUGAGGCUGAUGCAGGGAGACGAGAUCUGCCUGAGGUACAAAGGAGACCUGGGCGUCCCGUGGAAGGGCAUCGGGCACGUCAUCAAAGUCCCCGACAAUUAUGGAGAUGAAAUCGCCAUCGAGCUUCGCAGCGGAGCCAACGCUCCCGUCGACAUCACCCACAACUUCCAGGUGGACUUUGUCUGGAAGUCCACGUCUUUCGACAGGAUGCAGAGCGCCCUGAAGACGUUCGCCGUGGACGAGACGUCCGUGUCCGGGUACAUUUACCACAAACUCCUGGGGCACGAGGUGGAGGACGUCACCAUCAAGUGUCAGCUCCCCAAACGCUUCACCGCCCAGGGCCUGCCCGAUCUCAACCACUCACAGGUGUACGCUGUGAAGACGGUGCUGCAGAGGCCUCUGAGUCUGAUCCAGGGACCUCCAGGAACCGGCAAAACUGUCACGUCUGCCACCAUCGUGUACCACCUGUCGCGCCAGGGCAACGGGCCGGUGCUGGUGUGUGCUCCCAGUAACAUCGCCGUGGAUCAGCUCACAGAAAAGAUCGACAAAACUGGACUGAAGGUGGUGCGUCUGUGCGCCAAGAGCAGAGAGGCCAUCGAGUCCCCGGUGUCUUUCCUCGCCCUGCACAACCAGAUCAGCAACAUGGACAGCAUGCCCGAGCUGCAGAAGCUCCAGCAGCUGAAGGACGAGACCGGAGAGCUGUCCUCCGCUGACGAGAAGAGAUACAGAGCUCUGAAGAGGACCGCGGAGAGGGAGCUGCUCAUGAACGCAGACGUGAUCUGCUGCACCUGCGUCGGAGCCGGAGAUCCUCGUUUGGCCAAGAUGCAGUUUCGCUCGAUUCUGAUCGACGAGAGCACUCAGGCCACAGAGCCCGAGUGCAUGGUCCCCGUGGUGCUCGGGGCCAAACAGCUGAUCCUGGUGGGCGAUCACUGCCAGCUGGGUCCUGUGGUGAUGUGUAAGAAGGCGGCCAAAGCGGGUCUGUCCCAGUCUCUGUUCGAGCGUCUGGUGGUCCUGGGCAUCAGACCCAUCCGGCUCCAGGUGCAGUACCGCAUGCACCCCGCCCUCAGCGCCUUCCCCUCCAACAUCUUCUACGAGGGCUCCCUGCAGAACGGCGUCACGGCAGCCGAUCGCAUAAAGAAAGGCUUUGACUUCCAGUGGCCGCAGCCGGACAAACCCAUGUUCUUCUACGUGACUCAGGGACAGGAGGAGAUCGCCAGCUCCGGGACCUCCUACCUCAACAGGACUGAAGCGGCCAACGUGGAGAAGAUCACCACUCGUCUGCUGAAAGCUGGAGCCAAACCGGAUCAGAUCGGCAUCAUCACCCCGUACGAGGGACAGCGCUCCUACCUGGUCCAGUACAUGCAGUUCAGCGGCUCCCUGCACACCAAACUCUACCAGCAGGUGGAGAUAGCGAGCGUGGACGCGUUCCAGGGCCGAGAGAAGGACUUCAUCAUCCUGUCGUGCGUCCGAGCCAACGAGCACCAGGGCAUCGGCUUCCUCAACGACCCGCGCCGCCUCAACGUCGCCCUCACCAGAGCCAAGUACGGCGUGAUCAUCGUGGGGAACCCCAAGGCCCUGUCGAAGCAGCCGCUGUGGAACAACCUCCUGAACUACUACAAAGAGCAGAAGGUCCUGGUGGAGGGGCCCCUGAACAACCUGAGGGAGAGUCUCAUGCAGUUCAGCAAACCCCGAAAACUGCUCAACACCAUCAACCCCGGAGGGCGCUUCAUGAGCACAGCCAUGUACGACGCCAGAGAGGCUCUGAUCCCCGGCUCCGCCUACGACCGCUCCAGCGCACCGGGACGUCCCUCUAACAUGUACUUCCAGACCCAUGAUCAGAUCGGGAUGAUCGGGGCAGGACCGGGGCACAUGGCCAUGAACCUGCCCAUCCCCCUGAACCUGGUGAUGCCCCCGAUGCCCCCGCCCAGUUACAUGGGCCACGCCAACGGCCCCGCAGGGAUGAAAGGCGGGAUGAAGGGAAAGCCGGGCCGCGGUCGGGGUCAGAGGUCACGUGGAGGCGGGGCUCAGGGGAACGGCCCCCACAGCCAGGCCAGUCAGGACGGGGCCUCCCAGCCCUUCUCCCAGGGGCCCCUCACUCAGGGCUACAUGAACAUGAGCCAACCCUCUCAGAUGAGCCAACCGGGGCUGUCCCAACCCGAGCUCUCGCAGGACAGUUACCUCGGAGACGAGUUCAAGUCCCAGAUGGACGUGGCCCUGUCCCAGGACUCCACCUACCAGGGCGAGAGAGCCUAUCAGCACGGGGUGACCGGACUGUCCCAGUACUAGAGUGAUGGAAGAUGGAGCUCGGCCCGACCGGAGCUUAGAUCGUCUGAGCUUUUUAAUCUGAGAAAUAAUAAAAACAUAAAAUGGAUACAUGUUUUCCUCUGCUACAUCCGAGAGCACCACCCGCCGCGCGGUCGCCGGCGGCAAUGCGAAACCAAACCAUGAGCUGCGUGCGAGACGACUGUAGGACAGAAGACGAGAGACAGGGGGCGCUACACGGAGGCGUGGGCCCGCACCGACACGGGGAGACGGGCAGAGGGCGCCGCUCACCAACGCCGUGGAGUCUCCGGCGGGAACGCGGAUACAACUCCCAAACAUAACGAACACCCGCCCAUCCCCGCGCCGCCCCAGCACCCCGAUCCGGGUCAAACGAAGGCGGAGGGCGGUCGAACCCGGGUGAAGCGCAUCCCAAGCCUCAGCAGCAGAGAACAAGAAGAGGAGGAGAAGAAGAAGAAGAUUAGAGGAGCAGCGUCUUUUUCUGGAGGAAGAGAAAACAUGGUAACUCGGAUUUGUACAAACUGCCUUGGAACUGAAAGACCUUGAGCUGCUUUUGGAAACGGCGGCUUCGCGUGUGACGUUUGGGGCAGCGGUCCAAGGCCGGUUCUGUCCAAGGCACGGCCCGCGGACUUUCCUCCGGUCUGUGGAGUCUUUUUUUAUCACAGCACAACUUUGCUAAAACGAAAGCUAUGAGACAUUACCAGCACCGCGCUAAUCUGAAGUGUCUGCGAUUUAUUUUUUUCCUAAUUUUUCUGAACUUGAAACUCCGGGUGGGUUUGUGGGUCGAUUCUCUCUUUGCUUCUGCGUUUUAAAUGACAAACCCCGAAGGGAGCUGCGUGCAUGUUUAUCUCGACUUAAAAAGCAAAAAUCAGCGAGUAAAAAAAAAAAGCGCAGGAGGUUCAAGCACAACUUAAGGCAGGCGAGAGGAGAGAGGCCAUAUUUUCUACGCUUCAGGGCUCGAAACUCCAAGCCAGUCCAACCUGCACGAGUGUGGAGCAUGAAAGUGUAAAUUUUUUGGGAGUUUGUUAGAGCAGAUCAGGUUCCUGCAGAUGUUUUUCAAAGGUCGCAAAGAAGAGCGAACGGAGACGGAGCAGAGACGGCGAAUGUGUGGAUCGUUUUCAGUAAAGGCCGCCACACGCAACAAGGAGAAUUUGCACGAUUUUGGCGGCGAUUUCUUCUCCACGCGACCCGACUUUUUGACUUUGUGUGUGUGGUAUCGGUAUCACGGUCGGAUCGUAAACACCGAACAUCAGAAACGCUGCGAUAACAGACGAUAAAACGGAGCGUCAGGGGCAGAAGGAGCGAGACACGAACUCGGGAAAUGCAAAAAUAAUGAGAAGACUUUAUUCCCCUCACCUCUUUUAAAGUUAUAAAUUUAAACUGCAGCGUCUCGUCCACAUUAUCCAUAGAAUUUGUCUGGAAAUAAUAAACAAAAUGGCGCUGUGAAUCCAAUUUUUUUUACGUUGUUGAAAAGUAAAAAGGCCGGAGUAGUUCCCCUCGUGUGUUUGUUUACAUCCACACGGCGCACGGAUCGAGCUGAAACUGCAGAUUAACGGCAGAGAUUCUACUUCCUGUGGACUUUAUCUCCAAUCGUUUACGCUUUAAAAAUCCUGUAUCGGAAGUUUUGCUCCACAUUUUACAAAUAAUAACGACACAGAUUUGACUCGUGUCGAAAUUACGAGUGCGGUUAUCGCGAUUAUUUUGGUCAAUAUUGAAAUCACGAUUAGUUUUUAGUUACACGAUGCAUUUAUUCAGCGUUUCUCUCUCAUAAAAACACUUUGUUAUUGAUAAUUUACGCAAAACUUUCAAACUGAAAAUAAAUAUCAGCUACAAAUAUGAACCUUAAAACAGUUUUGCGACGUAUAAAACAUAAAACGUGUCCAAAAUAAACACUAUAUCCAGCUGUUCUACAAUCUCUAUGCUUGAAAACUAAAAUAAAUAUACUGAUUUAUAUUUAAAAAAAAUCCCAAAAUAAAGUUUGUUAAGCUUUAAAUUUCAAGUUUCAACUCGAUUAUUUGAGUUUGGAGAUCGUUUUGACGAGAUCGCACUCACGGCUUCUUAUCCUGUGGUCCGCAGACAGAUCCCGCUGCAGUCUUUGCGAUCGGAGAUUUAAAGUCUCGUAAGAUUCUCCUCAGGUCUGUUUAAAAAUCUUUUGAGUCGGAAAAAUCCUGUCGUGUGGCGGCCUUUAAAAGCCAUUUCCAGGUGACAAAAACUGAAUCGUGAGCCCUGAUUAUCUGAUAUUUUGGUGAUUUUCGUGGUUCUUUUCCUCUGCGUUUGACCCGUUCUUCAGUGUCUCCGGGUUAAACGUGUCGGGAGCAGUGGGACCAUCUCCAGAUCUCGGUCUAGUCUUGGUCUGGACCGUCUUACCUGGAGGACUUGACGUGUUUUGUCGUGUUUGCAUGAAAACCAAAUCGAAUGUAGAACCUUCUUCCUGAAUUACGUGGUGUUUUGUUUUUGUUUGUUUUUUUGGUUGGUGCCAAUACUACAGCUCCGUGCUCACCUGCUCCUCCCAUUGGCCGGGCUCGGUCAGUGUCCGUGUGAGUGACAGGUGGGUUCGGCCAAUCACAGCGAAGCGAGGUCAUCGAAAAAAAAGAAUCUUCAGGCUCAAAGAAAAUGGUGACUUUUUUUUACAUUUUUUGCCCACAGACAUCCAAAAACUACACCAUACUUAAACGUGCGCUGUGUAACUUUUCGUUUCUGGGGUCCGUCGCUUGCUCGUUUCUAUGGAUACGUCGUUGCUCUGCCUGGAAUGUUCCGCAGUGUGACUUUAAACAGCUCUACUUUACAUUUAUUCAAUUACAGGUGGAUUUUUAGCUCAAAAAACCCCGCCGAAAACCGAAAAAUAACAGGGAUUGUGACUGAACGGCGUCGCCUCUCCACAGAUCUGACCUGUACCUUGGUCUCUGUGACGAUAGACAACCAGGUGACGGACUCUCCUCCAGGAAAGUUACGCAAUGCACCUUUAAUUUUAGAUAUAACCAGAAUGAUGCAGACUUACUGCAAAAUUAUAAAAGUAUGAAUUGAGAAUACAUUUUUAAACUCAAUCUGGGUUCAUCUUGUGGCCUAAAGCUUCACCAUGUAACUUUUCUGGUUGUCUCCUUGGAGAUUUUACCGUUUUUACCUGAAAUAUUCCGAAGUAUGGCAUUAGACGUGUCGCUUUUAUUGAGUUAUGUGUUUGAAUUCCGUCAAAAAUACCUAGAAAAACAUGAAUUCUGACUGUGAGCUUGGAUGCCUCUCCGCAGAUCUGACCCGCACCUUGGUCCGGUUUGGUCUCGAUGAAGAUAGAAAGGUUUAAAGCCAUAUUACGGAACAUUCCAGACAAAGCAGUAACUAUAACUCCGUUCAGAAAAGCGUUUUGACAGAUCCAACGCAGAAAAAAGUUACACAAUUUGCCUAGAAAAUUUAUAAAAAUUGUUGGUUUUUAGUCAAAAUUUUCGAGUAAAACUGUUUGGAGACCACAACUUUUGAGGAAACAUCUGCAGAACCUUUUUGAAAUGGAUUUACAGACUUCAACUUUUACAAACGAACGCCGAUUUACUCAAAGGGCAAACGUUUCCUACCACACGAGCUCAUUUUACAGCCUUCUCAACGCUUUCGAUUUACUACUCUCCAAAAAAACAACACAAAAAUCAACAAAAAAAAAAGAAAAAAACCUGUGUAGACGAUUACACAAUUUCUACGCCAACGAACCGUGAAUGCUGAACCGAAGCCAGUGCCUCUAACCAAAAGCGUCCGGGCGGGCGUGUGAAUGUAGAGCACAGAGACCCUCCCUCCUCCGCCGACUCGGCAUCGCGGGGGUUCGGUCCGUGCACAGACGAUUUCGCCCGCGUCACGUAAAUCCUUUCGUAGAAUCCUUUCGUUUGUGGGGUUUUUGAAGUGCAUAUGACCGGUUUCCGUAGUUUCGUGUCAGUUAAAAGUCGGAGAAUACUCAAAAUAACGGACUCUCGUGAGGUUUAAGUCGGGUUUGUAGUAGUGUCCUCGGCAAAAACAGAGCUGGAGUUGUGUUUUGUUUCGUUUGUUUCUUUUUUAUGAGUCAAAAUGUCAUGAAGCGAUUUUUCGAGUUUAGUUCAGUAAAAAUUGGCAGUUCCAGAGCUGAAAUUGUCCAAAUGAUUCUUGGGAAGAUCAACAUGAGUCAGUAUAGUCACGUUUUCUUCGCGUUUUGGUAGUUUUUAAGCAGCUUUUUUCUUUUUUACCCAAACAAAUUACGCUCUCUUCACCUGGGCUGGGUAUUAUUAAGAAGUUGGCGAUACGAUACAAACCUCGAUACAGUGAGUUUUAGAUUCGAUACGAUAUAUUUGAAAUCGUUUCGAAACGCUUCAGUCAAAAAUAAAGACUAAAUUAGGAGUCAUUAGAAGCCAGCAGUAGAAUUAUACGUAUCGUCGGGCCGAGUGGGACCAAAAAAACGUCCCUGGACCCACAGUCGAGCGGCCGUUCUGGACUUUUCUAGAAUGUUCCAGAUUGCCAGUUUGUCCCCGAGUUAUUUAUCUUGAAUAACUUAAAUGAUCACUAACAUUGUGCACUAAAUAAACGUGUGAACAUCAAACUGUACCCGAUCUAAAGCCGUGGCUCGUAGAUUUAAUACAUUUCUUGUGACGGUGAAAAUGAGGAGCUCUUUGGCAUUUUUAUUUUGUAAAAGGAGCAAAAAAGGUUUGGAUAAAUCAUGUCUGUGAUUCUAAAAGUCUUUGUUAAACCACUUCUUCUUGUGCAAAGUUCAUAUGAAACACAAACAUUUUAAUCAUCAAAACAGUGAAAAUGUCAAACAAGUUUCGUUCCUCUAAACAAGCAACGAAAAUGAAGCUGUAACAAAAUAAUUUACUAAAAUAUCCCCCCAAAAAACUCUUGGGGACAUAUCGAUACUAUAUAAUCACAUUGAACGAUACGAUAUUUCAAUAUUUAUGCACAUCCCUAAUCGUCAACAGGGCUGUGAUUCGUUAAGUUGCCACGAUACGUUACUUUUUUCGAUACAGUGCACUUUUGAUUCAGUACAAUUCGAUACGAUAUAUUUCAAAUUGAUUUGAUAUGAUUCAAUACUAAAUAAAUACUAAAUCAUGUCUGUGAUACUAAAAGUCUUUGUGAAACCACUUAGUUCAUUUGAAACACAAACAUUUUAAUCCUCAAAACAGUGAAAAUGUCAAAUGAAAAACUGUAACAAAAUGAUUUAGUCUAAUAAACCAAAAAAAAAAAAAUACUCUUAGCGAUAUAUCGAAACAGCAGCCCACGAUAUCGAUACUGCAUCAUCACAUUAAACAAUAAGAUAUAAUCGAUAUUUCAAUAUUUUUGCACACCCCUAAUCGUCAAUAGGGCUGUGAUUCGUCAAGUUGCCGAUACGUUGCAAUGAUACGAUAUGUUUUUCGAUACAGUGCACUUUUGAUUCAGUAGAAUUUGAUACGAUAUAUUUUUAAUUGAUUCAGUUCUGUGAAAAAUAAAGUUUAAUUCAUGUCUGUGACACUAAAAGCCUGUGUGUUUCAGAUGAACUUUGCACAAAAAGUGGUUUAACAAACAUUUUAAUCAUCAAAACGGUAAAAAUGUCAAAUGUGUCGCAUAAAUAAGUUUCCUUCCGCUAAACAAGCAACAAAAUUGAAGCUCUAUAACAAAAUAAUUGAGUAAAAUUCAUCAAAAAAUCCUCUUGGCGAUAUAUCGAUAAAACAGCCCGUGAUAUCGAUAUUGUAUCAUCACAUUAAACGAUACGAUAUUUCGAUAUGUCAGUAUUUUUGCACACCCCUAAUCGUCAAUAGGGCUGUGAUUCGUCAAGUUGCCGAUAAGUUGCCAGAAUGCGAUACGUUUUUCGAUACCGUGCACUUUUGAUUCAGUACAAUUCGAUACGAUAUGAUUCGAUUCAGUUCCGUGAAAAAUAAAGUCUAAAUCAUGUUAAAUCACUUCUUAUGCAAAGUUAAAAAGAAACACAAACAUUUUAAUCAUCAAAACAGCGAAAAAGGUCAAAUGUGUCGCAUAAAAAUAGUCUCGGCGAUACAUCGAUACUGAAUCAUCACAUAAAACGAUACGAUACGUCGGUAUUUCAAUAUUUUUGUGCACCUCUGCUCUUUAUUAUUGGUCAAAAAUAGAGACAUUUGGGACAUUUUUUGUAUAAAACUGGGACAAAUUAGUGGUUUUGUGUAAAUCUGCUGAGACGGGGGCUCAAAACUGGGACUGUCCCGGGUCAAUAUGGAGUUUAAAAACACAGUGGAGCACUUCCUGUAUUCCCUCGUAACCUCAGCCUAAACGUACAGUGUUUGUGUGGAAAAAAACGACAACUCCAGGUCUGUUUGCGACGAAGAAACGACAUUAAAACAUCGGAAAACGUCGUAAUACGGAACCUCGAAGUGGCAUUUUUUAUGGAGAAAAGUUGAGAAGAAAAGAACAAAAAUCCCGAAGUAGCGACGCGUUUUAAAACUUUAAAAACGCGCAAGGACAGACUUUUUCUGACACGUUAAACCUUCAUUUAACAAAAUAAAAGUGUAGUUAUUUAUUUGUGUGAGUGGAAUCAGAACUUCUGCGUAAUUUAUUCCCGUUUUGACGCUUGUUCGUUAAGUUUCGUCAAGAAGUAAAACCAUAAACGUCGACAAAAUCACAAAACGACGUGAGAUUUUUACACUAUGUUCGCAAAUUUAAAAAUGUUUUAGUGAAAUUUAACGCCCGGACCCGUCAUAUGCACUUAAACGCCACGAACUCGUGUUUUAAAAAUAGAAUUCCCGCCUUUUCCCGUCGCGUUUCGUUGAACUCGUCGCCGUAGGAAUGACGCUUAGCCGGUCAGCCGCUUUAUUUUGCUACUUUCCGGCGAUUGUAAUGUCGUUUUUUUGCUUUUUUUUUUCUCUUCUCGAUAAGAAUGUACCAUAUUUUCAGACGCAGACAAUCACGCCGUCGGGAAAACACGGAAAACGUGACGGCCUCGUUGGAAAGUGGCUCGUUUAUGUAACUUUUAGCUUUAAAGGGACAUGUUGCUUUUCCGUAGAGUUAGACCGGAGUUGUGCUGUGGACUUUGGGGUAGAUUUUAAUUCUUCUUAUUAUUCUUUAGGUUCCGUAUUGAAAUCAGUGGGCUAGAGUAAUUAUAGUUUACCAUUCUGGACGAGUUCCUUAUUUUGCAGUGAAGUUCCAGCUUUGAUUCUCCUUGUAACUGAUUCAAUAAAAGCGAAACAUGCAACAAA